GGGCUUACAUCUCUCUCUCUCUCUUUAACCUCAAAGAUCGAGUCUUGGCGAUUCGAGUUUACUCUCUCUCUACACAAUCCCGAAAGCUAUUGCCUUAGCUACUUAUUCAACCUUAGAAUUUCCUCCUGAAGAUUUUGGAUCAAAUUUGAUUGUUUUUGUUCGCAAUGACGCUACUCGAAGUUAUCUCCAACGCCGUAGCGAAUCAGGAUCGAGUCGACUCGCAAUCCGAUUUCCCAUUCCCUCUUAGCAACGACGGUAUCUUUGCGAAUCUGAAACCGAAGCUAGAAAACCCUAAUCCUGGUACCCUUAUCAAUUCAAUCUCUGGGUGGGAAAUCUCGGGAAGAGAUGCUGAAGUCAUCGAUUUGGGGAAAAGCUUUUCAUCUAAGCUGAAAAGGAAGCUGAAGGAUACCAAUGGAUUUGACAAAAGUGAGUUUGUCAGAAUGUUAAAGCAGUUUCUUGAGAAAAUUGGUGAGAAAGUUGGGAACUCAGAGGCUGGGGAGGAAGAGUUGAAGGAUUUGGUGGAGAAGAAUGGGUUUCUGAUGGGUAGAGAUGUGUCUGGUUUAGUUUUGAAAGGGUCUAUUCGUCUAGAAAUGUGGGAGCUAGCGGAAACCUUGAUUUCAAACUCCUUGGUAGAUCAUUCUUUGAACUCUUAUUUAGUUAGCAACCUUGUUGAGAAGCACCGGUCUGAUUUGCUUUGCGUUGUGCUCAAACAAGUCUCAGAUCUUGGGGUAGCUGAGCUACUUUCGAUCUUGAAGUAUUUUCUUUGCCCGUCAAAGGAAGCAAUUAACUGUAUGGCCAAGGUAAGAGAAGAGUGGGACAGCCAGGCUUUGUUGGCUAUUGAAAAGGCGAGCAACACAGAGCUAUCAAAGAAGUCUAAAGUUGCUGAAGAGGCUUCGGUCUUGCUGAUGGUUGCUCACGACGGGUUUUCACCCUCUGAGCUUUGCCUUCAUUACUUGUUAGCUUCGCCGAAUGUUGAUGAAGUCAUGUUUGCAUCUGCAGUCAGUAAGUUGAGUGGCAAUGAGAUGAGUAGCUUCAUUCGGUACCUCUCUAAAUGGAUGAAGAAGUACGAGAGGUUCCCUCAAGCCGGUCCAUGCCCUGAAGCUGCCUCCAUGCUCGGUUUGAAACUAUGCGACUGGGUUCCUAAACUCGAAGACAUAACCAAAUGUUUGGGGCUUAUUAUCGAUGAGAACUUCUCUACUCUGGUUCUGUACUCGGGUUUGCAUGAAGAGCUAAAGUCUAUUGCAAAAGUAGCAGAUGGUUUAGCUUCAGAAUCAAAACUUUGCUGUUUUGUGGCUAAUGUGGCUGAAAGUUUGAGACUUGGAGCUGCCCGAAACUAGACUCCACAGUUCUCAGUCUUGAUGGCGUUUGAAUCAACCCUGUUUCACCUUUUUAUUGUUCUCCAGUGCCUUUUGUAUUUUCUAGUUUCAGUUCAUCUUAUUUUAUGAAGUAUAAUUUUUUGGUCGUUA